GCUUUGUUGAUGUGUUCGAAGUGUAUGGGCAACAAUAGUUGGAAAAAUGAUGAAACGGGUGAUUGCAAGUUAUGUGGUGUAGGACUAACCCGAAUGAAAAGCUGGACAGCAGCAUUUUAUAAAAAUCCUUUGCGUGAAUUUCUGGAAUGGUUAAUUAAUGGAUUAGGGUAUGAUCGAACGUUAAGAACUUAUGCCAUCUCACACUAUGGAGGGUUUGCUUACUUAUAUUAUUUUAUUAGAAAUUUUUUAGUCGCUAUGAUAUGCAUCUGCUAUUAG